AUGGCCGAAAACAGUCCGACACUCUUGUAUUCAUAUGUUGGACAGAUUAUAGAAUCGAUCUGGGUAGCAUUGCGAGACCCGAGAUUGGCCAUUCGAGUCGACGCUGCUGAUGCACUGAGUGCCUGUUUAAAGAUUAUUUUCGCUAGAGAUAGUGUUCAAAGACAGCAAUGGUAUAACAAGAUUUUAGAAGAAGCGCAAAGUGGGUUCAAGACUGCUAUCACCGAAACCAUUCACGGAAGUUUACUAGUAUACCGCGAGCUUCUCGGUCACGCUGGCAUGUUUAUGCAACCAAGGUAUAUCGAGGUGUGUGAUACUGUGCUACGAUACAAAGAUCACAAGGACCCGCUUAUUCGUCGCACCGUCAUCAUGAUCCUGCCAGAUCUCGCAAAGUACAACCCUGUAGAGUUCACCAAGCGGUACCUGGUCGACUGUACCGCACAUCUUAUUGGCCAGCUCAAGAAAGAAAAAGACCGGGGACUCGUUUUUCUCUCGAUCGGAAACAUCGCCGUCAGCGUUCGCAGUAACAUGACUUUCUACCUCGAACCCAUCCUGGAAAAUGUCCGUGAAGGGCUCAUGUCAAAAGGGUAUGUUAUUUUGGGUGACAUUGUGCCUCCGGCGGCUGGGGCUCCGCCCCAAACCCCGUUGCUCCUGCUUCGCAGGAGAUAG